GCCCUCCUCCCGUCUCUCCGCCUACUCCAGCCUCCGCUGCCUCAGCAUCCCGAGCGAGCCUUGCGGCCGCCGGAACAGCUCCCGCGGCGGAGCAAGAGCCGGAUGGUCAGAGGAGCCCGGCAGUCCCAGCAGCCGCGGAGUCGCCUGGCCCCCAGACUGACUGGCACAGUGGAGAAACUACCUCGAAAACGGAAAAGCAGUAUGAUUACAACUAUGUAACAAGAAUUGUACUGGUCACCAUCAUUCUUCCAGUUACUUGUGACAGGACUGAAUUUACUCUUAAAGAAACCAUGUCCUCUGGAGGUGCUGAAGAUGACAUCCCACAGGGAGAGAGGAAGACAGUCACAGAUUUCUGUUAUCUUUUGGAUAAAUCCAAGCAACUGUUCAAUGGGUUAAGAGAUUUGCCUCAAUAUGGACAGAAGCAGUGGCAAUCCUACUUUGGAAGAACUUUUGAUGUUUACACCAAACUCUGGAAAUUUCAGCAGCAGCAUCGACAAGUCUUGGAUAAUCGGUAUGGCUUGAAGCGGUGGCAAAUAGGAGAAAUUGCUUCCAAGAUUGGGCAGCUGUAUUACCACUAUUAUUUACGAACAUCUGAGACCAGCUAUCUGAAUGAGGCUUUCUCCUUCUACUCUGCAAUCAGACAGAGAUCAUACUACUCUCAAGUUAAUAAAGAGGACAGGCCUGAGUUGGUUGUUAAGAAACUCCGAUACUAUGCAAGAUUUAUAGUAGUUUGUCUUCUUCUUAACAAAAUGGAUGUUGUGAAAGACCUAGUAAAGGAAUUAUCUGAUGAAAUUGAAGAUUAUACUCAUCGCUUUAAUACUGAAGAUCAAGUAGAGUGGAACCUGGUGCUUCAAGAAGUGGCAGCCUUUAUUGAGGCAGACCCUGUGAUGGUGUUAAAUGAUGAUAACACCAUUGUUAUCACAUCUAAUCGCCUCACUGAAACAGGAGCCCCACUGCUGGAGCAAGGCAUGAUUGUGGGGCAGCUGUCUCUGGCUGAUGCGCUCAUUAUUGGUAAUUGUAAUAAUCAGGUCAAAUUCAGUGAAUUAACUGUUGACAUGUUCCGUAUGCUGCAAGCCUUGGAGAGGGAACCAAUGAAUUUAGCUUCCCAGAUGAAUAAACCAGGAAUACAGGAGUCAGCUGACAAGCCAACCAGACGGGAAAACCCCCACAAGUAUCUACUCUACAAGCCGACCUUUAGCCAGCUGUAUACCUUCUUAGCAGCAUCUUUUAAGGAGCUGCCUGCCAAUAGCGUACUUCUGAUUUACCUGUCAGCCACUGGCGUUUUCCCCACAGGUCGUUCUGAUGGUGAAGGUCCCUAUGACUUUGGAGGUGUACUCACUAACAGUAACCGGGACAUUAUAAAUGGAGACGCAAUCCACAAACGAAACCAGUCCCACAAGGAGAUGCACUGCCUUCACCCUGGAGAUCUCUAUCCAUUCACAAGGAAACCCUUGUUCAUCAUUGUGGACUCUUCCAACAGUGUUGCCUACAAGAAUUUCACAAACUUGUUCGGACAGCCACUUGUCUGCUUGCUUUCUCCCACGGCAUAUCCAAAAGCUUUGCAAGAUCAGUCUCAGCGAGGUAGCCUCUUCACUCUCUUUUUGAACAAUCCUCUAAUGGCCUUCCUAUUUGUGUCUGGAUUGUCAAGCAUGCGUAGAGGCCUGUGGGAAAAGUGUCAAGAAUAUCUUCGAAAAAUCAACCGUGAUAUUGCCCAGCUACUGACCCAUUCACGUUCAAUAGAUCAGGCCUUUCUCCAGUUUUUUGGAGAUGAGUUUCUUCGAUUGCUUCUCACAAGGUUUGUCUUCUGUUCAGCCACCAUGAGGAUGCACAAGGCCUUUCGGGAAACUCGGAAUUACCCAGAAUCCUAUCCACAACUACCAAGGGAUGAGACUGUGGAGAGCCCUCACCUUCAGAAGCAUAUUUUAGAAUUGGCCUCCAUUCUGGAUGUUCGCAAUAUCUUCUUUGAGAAUUCCAUGGACGACUAUUAAAACCCUUUUGUUUAACACUUUUCAUCUUCCACAGGUUUAAACGGUGCAGUUUUUAUGUGAUGACAGAGACCGUUAUUCGGUUUUUAUUUGUGAACUUAGGAACCACCAUUUUAAAAACAAACUGAAAGAAGUCCAAACUUUUAGGGUAACUUUUAAAAUAUAAUGUUUCAAGUCUUUUAAAGUCUCAAUCUUGAAAUUUUUAUUUUUGGUUUUGACAUUAUAUACUUACCUCCAACAUCUAAUCCUACAUUCAUAUAGGUACUAUUGCCUCCCUAAGAAGAAUAAAUUGUUUAUUUUUUUUACAUAAUGAGGACAAUCCACAAGUUGUACUUGGACCUUUAAAUGUCUGGAUUUGAGAAAUAUCUAACUGUUCAUAGUGGUGAAACUGGCCACAUGGACUACUGAAAAUCAAGAGCCGAGCCCUUCUGUAGUUUCUUUUUACUCCACGCUGGUAGGUAGGAAAACAAUGUACAAAGGGAUUUCUUGAGAUUGAUGAAUUUCAUCAAUGUUGUCAGAUUUUUAGAAUCUGUUUAGGGUUGAUUUACAUCUGGAAAUUAAAUCUUCAAUUGGAACUUUGAGGUUGACAGACCUUACCUAGAAUGUGAAUACUAUUAUCAUGAGAUUUGUUUGUAUAUUUUAUUUUCUUUAUGGUCGUGAAUGCUGGAAAUACAAAGGAAAAUACUUUUAAAUAUUUCAACCAAAACUCAAGUUGUUGGUUUCAUAAUCCUGCACUGUGUCCAGUAGGAUUUCUACAUAGACUAUUCAUUGACAAUAUUGGGCUUUAAAUAGUGUCUUGAUUUAUUCAUUGGUAUACUCACUGCACAGUUUCUAAUUCCUUUUCAUAUUUGAGUUUCCAAGGCAUCUAUGUCAGAGAUACUAUUAGUGUGAAUUGAGGAUAACUGGGCAUUAGGAAAGCCAAUCAUGAGUUCAUUUUAAUUUUGCUUUGACAAUUUGGAAAUAAGAUAUUAAAACUUUGCGUUUUCUUAAUUUUAUAUUAAUAUACAAGUUUUUAUAUUAUUUUAAAUAGGACUCGGUAUGUAAUAUAAAGGUUAUUGUGUGUUCUUCCCCUCCAUCUCCUUCGUAAUCUCAAAGGUACUAGCUGUGAAGAUUCCUUCCAUCCUGGCUUCUUUGGGUUAUAUGGCAUUUAAGCUCAGAAAUGCAAGAAUCACAAGGCCUUCUCCCUAUUUUCUGUGUAGGCUCAUGGUCUAACCCUGGCAGUUCCUGGAGAAAUGAGGUAGCUCUUUUCAGCACAUCUUUCCUGUGUCCCUGAGAAAAUGGUUAUGUGGUGUUUUAACCUGGUUCCCUCCUCUCCCCUAGAACACACAUGAGUGUAGAUUGUAGCCAUUUUCAGCUCCAGCGCACUGAGUACGUGAACUCAGGGUUAUGGUAUAUUGGAUAGUUCAUUUUCUUUUAAAAUUGUUGCUUUGUUAAGUGCUGUACCUACAGCAUACACUUUACUGUUCCCUGACAUUUAAAGUGACCCUGUCCUGUGUUUAAUCCUUUUCUGUUAAACAUAAGGACGACUAGAUUCAAAACCAAGAAGUCUGAGUUCUGAUCCUGGCUUGUUUAGUAACUAGCAUGAUGCCCUUUGACAAGUAGCUUCAUGUGUCUGCUUCUUAGCACUCUUCUGUAUAGAAUACAGUCACUAACCCAAGGUCUUAUUCUUGUCUGUGACUCUGCAGUUCGGAGCCUUGGUUCCAAAUAUGUUGAUUUCCUCCCCAUUCCAGAAAAGUUGAUUUGUGUGUUUUUAGCACUAUAACAUCCUUUUGGUAUCAUGUUUAAUAAGAUGGUUUUUUAAAAAAUAUAUAUAGGUUCUACUUA